UGCUUCCUUGUCUCAAGCAUCCGAGCCUCAACACCAGCAACGAGAAAAUCAUCAGCAACACACGCCCAAAAAACAUUCUCCAGAAUCGAUUCGCAAGCUCAGCAAGUCGACCCAGAUCGUCAAAAUCGAAUCUUGACCCGAGGAAGGAAGAAGAAAUGGUGAAGCGCAGCGCAGCGGCAGCGGGUCUCGCGGUGCGCGGGGGCUCGGGGGCGAGGAGCGACCCGAAGUUGAAGGGGGUGAGGCAGAGGAAGUGGGGCAUGUGGGUCUCCGAGAUCCGCUUCCCCAACAGUCGCCAGAGGAUCUGGCUCGGCUCCUACGACUCACCCGUGAAGGCCGCCCGCGCCUUCGACGCCGCGCUCUUCUGCCUCCGCGGCCCCACCGCAAAGUUCAACUUCCCCGACAACCCCCCGGAGAUCCCCGGCGGCCGGUCCCUCACGCCCCCGGAGAUCAAGGCGGCCGCGGAGAGGUACGCCGAGUCGGGCGCCGUGCCGGCCCGGCCCGAGCUGUCCGGAUCCGAAUCGCCGGCCCCGCUGCCUUCGCCGUCGGUUUCGGAGGCGAGCAGCGUCUUGACGGGCGAGAGCGACCUGUACUUGGACGUAUCGUUCUUGGAUCUUUUGGCGGAUCCGGAGCCGGGUUCCGGCGAGCCCGAUAUCAGGGCGUUCCCGGGCAUCGAGGAGUUUCCCAGCGAUUUCAACGGGAUGCAAUUCGCAAGCGCGGGGAGUAUGGAACUGAAUCUUGACGUGUUCUUGGCUCCGGAUGAUUUCCUAUGGGGUUUCUGAAGUGGACUGAAGGAAGAAGCCUUGAUAGAUGAAGACAGCGGGACUAUUUUAUUUUGCCAUAAGAUUUUCCUUUCCUUUUCUUUUCCUCUUAUUCUUUGGAUGGACCAGAUUUUGUAAGGUCAUCAUCCACUUAGGAUGAUACAGACAACAAAAACUGACUUUUAGGGUGUAAAUAGACGUAGCUUUUGUUGUU